GUCAGGUACAUGGCAGCCAAGCUCUCCUCGUAUUCCCUGAAUCAGUGCGUCGUAAAUCGCGAUCCUUCUGCCGGAGUGUUGCCAACCAAGUGUGAACAUCAUGACUGCUCCCCGCGCAUCAAGUGUGUCUGUCCAGAAAAAUCGACCCCGGCAGACGGGGUCGCUGAGCCCAGCGUGCGAUGAGUGUCGAAUCCGCAAAGUGCGCUGCAAUAAAGAGUAUCCCAAGUGCUCAAGCUGUCGAGCAUCUAAUCUGCCCUGCGAAUUCUCCAACAAGGGCAAGCGCAUCAACCAUACCAAGAAACUUGUGAGUGAUGUGGAGCUUCUGGGCAGUCGUUUAGGCAAGAUUGAAGAGGCUCUCUUUCGCUGCUUGUCAGUGGUUGAAGCUGCCAACACCACGCGAGACAGCACUCCAACCCAAACCACGUCUCGGUCUGGUUCAGAGGGUCAUGCGGACCGAGAAGAGUUUCGCCGGGGCUCGGUCGAGUCUGAGGAAAGCUGGUCAGAUGGCUCGUCUGAUCUGCUUGCUCACGGUGAACGAGAUCCCGAGGCGGAUCCGUUGCACUACAGCAGUCCGGUGGCAUCGCUCUACUUUGAGGCUCAGGCUGCGGGCAACCAGCUGAUAUCGUCAACUCCAUCAACAGAAGACGGCUCAAAGCCAGUGAGUCCGCGCAUGAGCGAGACCCUGACCCGAUCAACGCCCCUGGAAGCGUAUUUGGUGGACGCCAACGAGCUCUUCCAAGAGCUGGCCACCGGCCCCCCUCCUGUCACUGAGCCCAAGUACGACGAUCUCCCGCCGGCACUACCUCCACGUACUCUGCUGGAAGGUUUCGUGGAAGCCUACUUUACCGACCUAAAUCCCUUUCUCCCUCUCUAUGACCGACUAAGCGUGCUUGAUGCCAUUCAACAGCAGUAUGGACCGCGAAGCGAUGGGCCCGACCUGGCCUGGGUAUGUUCGUUCAAUAGUAUCUUACUGCACACCCUUGAAGCCAAGUCGAGUGCCGCACAGCCAGGAGGACAUACAGGAGAUAGUACCCUGGAGCGAGGUUUGGUGGUGCAUCUUCUGCUCAAUGCCCGCCGCUGUUAUAAUAACUUUGAGCGCCUCCUGCAACCACGUCUCGCCAACGUCCAGAGCUUGUUUAGUAUGGCACUGGUAGCACUCCGAUACUUUAGCUUCACAAUGUUUGAGACGGUAUUUGCGCAGGCCUGCCAGUUGGCCCGCACCAUCGGGCUGCACCAGACUGCCGCAGGUGCUCCACAGGAAGCAGAGCGUCGCCGCCUUUUUUGGUGCCUGUUCAUCAUUGAUAAGCAUGCGGCUUUGGCAGCUGGCAAACCGUGUCUCCUCCCUUCUUAUGCCUGUGCCAUCCCAAUUCCCAGUUCCAAGUGUGGGUCACUCAUCGAGGAUCAGUUCACGGCGCGAAUAAUGCUGGCCACCAUCCUAGAGGAGUUAUAUCGUCGCCUGCAUUCAGCCCGCAGUACGCGGCGUGGCCGUGAGCAAAUCUCCCGCCGUGCUAUCCAACUGAGCCGCCGGAUAGAGGACUGGGCGGUACAGCACGAACACGCCCUUCAACCUACGGGCACACCAGAGGCGUCCCAGGUGCUGGCGGCCGCGGAAUUGCAGUACGCAUUAUAUAUCUGUCGAGUUCUCGUGCAACGCCGCAUCAAUGGGCCGGAGAGUCGGUCCCUUCGGUAUAUCCACGCUCGUGCAGGUCUGCAGUUGCUUCAGGAGUUGUGUAAUUGUGACCACCUGGGAGGACGUCGCGUCGGCUACGCCUUGUUCGCCAGCGUAACACUAAAUUACUCCCUUAUUCCCUUCCUCGAGGUGUAUAUUCGGGUGCUGCAGGAUCACCCCAAAGCGGAUGCGUCGGAUGUGGCGCUCCUGACGUCCUUCGCGGCGCGCGCGGACAGUCUGGCCGCACAGACAACAGCAACUUCGUAUACGGCCCGAGUGCGCGAGGUCAGUGCUCUCUGCUAUCAGGUUGUCACUCGGCUCCACCAGUCCCCCGAUGUAGCCGAGUCCCAGGUGGAUCAACCGACAUUGCCGGACCCUUUCUGGGACCUGAGUGCCAUGGCAGCCGAUGCCGGGUGGGACACAACGCCAUCAGCGCCCCAAUUUUCCAGUAAUCUAUCGACGCAUCCGGAUCCUUCCUUCUUCCUCGAUGCGGGAGGUUCCGUUGGACCGGCCUUCUCGCUGAGCGAUCCUAUCUUCACGGAUGGUGGGCCGGUCAUGUUUGACAAUCUGCUGGACCCGUUUGCCGGCGCGGACACUUCUUUGGGGCUGAUGCAGUGA